CCCUGAAGAGAAGAAGGAUUUCCUGCAGGAGGUUAGCUGGGCAUUCAGCAGUCGGAGAAGAAGGGAGUGUGGUGGAACGCCUGGUAAAUAACAAGCAGGUAGGAAGGAAAGCCAUGACGCUGAACAAUGUCACAAUGCGUCGCAGCAGUGGUGCUUUGCAGCCACAACACCAACGCUGGAGCAUCCCAGCAGAUGCAAGGCACCUGGUAGUUCAGAAAGACCCUCAUGAGUGCCUCCGGCACAAACGGUACACCAUCAGCCCUGAAGAGUAUUACCGAAGAAGCUGGUCAUCAGAGUCUUCUGAUUCCGUCAUCUCCUCCGAGUCAGGAAAUACCUUUUAUCGCGUGGUCCUCAUUGGGGAACAAGGGGUUGGCAAAACCACCAUUGCAAAUGUCUUUGCAGGCGUACAUGACAGCAUGGACAGUGACUGCGAAGUGCUAGGAGAAGACACCUAUGAACGAACCUUGCUGGUAGAUGGCGAAAGCACAACCAUCAUGCUUGUUGAUAUGUGGGAAAACAAGGGUGCAAGUUGCUGGAUCCAAGAUCACUGCAUGCAGAUUGGCGAUGCAUAUCUAAUUGUCUAUUCCAUCACGGACCGUGCAAGCUUUGAGAGAGCGUCAGAGCUCAGAAUACAGCUCCGCAGGGCCCGUCAGGCAGAAGACAUCCCCAUCAUUUUAGUGGGCAACAAAAGCGAUCUCGUUCGGUGUCGUGAAGUCACUGUUGCAGAGGGCAGAGCAUGUGCUGUAGUAUUUGACUGUAAGUUCAUCGAGACAUCAGCAGCUGUCCAGCACAAUGUGAAGGAGCUGUUUGAAGGGAUUGUGCGUCAAGUGCGGCUCAGAAGAGACAGCAAAGAAAAGAAUGAGAAGAGGCUGGCAUUUCAGAAGAGGCGAGAGAGCAUCCCUAAGAAAGCUAGGAGAUUCUGGGGCAAAAUUGUUGCCAAGAAAAACAAGAACAUGGCUUUCAAACUGAAGUCCAAAUCUUGCCACGAUCUCUCUGUCCUUUAGGAACGUCAGACCAUUCCAGAUGUUCUUUUUAUGGACAUGACUCAACUCCAUUUUGAACAAUAAAUCAAUCUAUAUUAGAUUGGCCAACAAGCAUCGUAAAUUGACUCUGAUUCACAGUUGUGAUUAUUGUGAUGAAAUGUGCCAGCGAUAAGCACAGUCAAUGCAUGCAUGGAAGAAGAACAAGUCAGUCAUACUUUUCUGGUUUAUAGUUUAUGUAGUGCAGCAGUAAACAGCUUUGUCUUAAACAAAAGACCAUUCCACACUUACAAUGAGAUGCCUUUGGAUAAUGACCCAAAAAUUGAAAAACGCCAUUUUGGAAAUGAAUGUUAUUUUUUCAUUAUUAUUUUUGUUACUAAUUUUGGUAAAUGGGAUUUUGUAAACCUGUGAAAAGGGAAAUGAACAUUCUUAGAGAUACCUUCUUCACAGUGAGCCAGUGCUUUGAUUUUCUUAAGUGCCCACAGUAUCUGUUGUUAUAAUAUCAUCCAUCCCAAUAGCUUGGGAGGCGUCAACAGAAUAAGUAGAAGCCAGGGUGGAACCAGUCAGGUUUGAGAUCAUGGUACAUAUCAGUCAUCUACAACUAGAUAAUAGCUGAACAGGAGCUUGAUAAUAGCUGAACAGAAGAGCAGUAGUGGUGUAAUGGUUAAGAGAAGGCACAUUCUAAUCUGGAGGAACCGGGUUUGAUUCCCCACUCUGCUGCUUGAGCUGUGGAGGCUUGUAUGGGGAAUU